CCUCUCUUUCCCUUUCCUCUCUACUUUCUUUCUUUCACUCUUUCCUUCUUCUUUCAAGAAAUGCUUGCUGCAAGUUCAAACACAGCCAACAGCAGUAAUCACUCCAACAAUAGCAGCAGUUACUUUGAUGCUACUCAUACAUCGCCAUCGGGUCAUGGCCUGACAACAGGUUCGACACGAUGUCCUUCACUUACGAGCUCCUCGACGACGACUACUACUUCUUCUUCUUCUUCUUCCUCGGGGAACCCUUCCCCAUCGUCCUUACCGCCCACUUAUGCUACACUUCCACGUACAACAAAGCUCGAAGAAGAGCCCAAUCCUUUUGAGCAAAGCUUCUCAAAGCCGGUAUUGCCGCCAGUCUCGUCGAUCGAAAGUCCCGGCAUCCGUACCACGGCCAUGUGGGAUUCUUUACGGGCUGGGCCCUUGUCUCCAUCCAUGUUGCUCGGCCCAGCUGGUGCUGCAAUGAAUAAACGAUCAUCGAUAUCUACUACUACCACCAAUACUACUGCUGCUUCUACUUUUAAUUCGUCCAUCUCAGGAUUUGUAAAAUGUAACAAUGAGACUGCUGCUGUGAACCGUGCACGGUACCAACAAAGUCCGUCUGUGAAACGUUCGCUGACCGAACCAAUGCCCGACAUGCUUGGAAAUGAUGACGAUGAAGAAGAAGAACAACAACAGCAACUGCUACGACCUGCAGUGAAGCGCAGAGCACAAUCUAGUAGCAGCAUGAUGGAUGAUCAAGAGAAACGUAAAAGCUUCUUAGAACGAAAUAGACAAGCGGCAUUGAAGUGUCGACAACGCAAGAAACAGUGGCUCCAAAACCUUCAAGCCAAGGUCGAAUACCUCUCUAGCGACAACGAGCAGCUGCAAAUGCAAAACAAUUCAUUGCGCGAACAACUCAUUGAGCUGAAAUCCAUGUUAUUGGCUCACAAGACAUGUCCUGUCAAUCCUGAAGCUGUCAUUGAUGCAGUCAAUCGUCCUAUACCCGGUACACAUAAUCAUCGUCACCAUUCUUCUUCUUCUUCUUUACAACUUCGACACAACCCACAGCACCAGCAGCGAUCACCGUAUCAGCAUCAUCGAAAUUCCCCUAGCCGGGAUUAUCCUCACCGUCAACAUUCUCCUUCUGAUACCACUCUUCCUAGUCGUUACCCGCCUACAUCUUACUAUUCUUCUCAUGAUUAAAAAAAAGUAAACGUUCUCAGCUUGUUUGUCUCCCUUUCUCUCCCUCUUUCUCUAUCAGCCUCUUUCAACAAAAGUAAAGGAAUAUGAACAUUCCAGUUAGCAGUAGUAAUUGUUAUCUAGUUUAUGUUUGAGUGCACCCUGCAUAAUACAUAAAGUAUAUAGUAUAUAUCUUAAAGCCAUUUUCUCUCUCUUUUUCUUUCUCUCGUUGUUCUCCUACAAUUCAAAAACAGAAAAAAAGGAACCCUUAUUAUUAGCUGCUGCUAAUGUCUGUUGAUACAAGCACACAUAUACAGUAGAUGCAUUUAAUCUUAUAAAGUUACAUGGGUGUUGCUUUUAAUUUAUGAAGUAUCUGUAGGAGCGCUAGGUCUGUCGUUUCGAUAGCAGUAUAUACUGCACUUUAUAGCAUCGGAUCACAAAUCCUGUGGUCCAGGAAAAAUACUCGCACA